AUGGCCAUCAAGUUGAAGCUACGAGUCCCUGGUUCUGGGAGCAGUUCCAGCUCUUCUGCUCCAGCUAGUGAAUCACAACCUGCACUUCCCAAACUCAAGAUCAAGCCUCCAUCAAUAGCAGACAAUUCUACUGGAAAAGUGCUGAAAAAGUCCAAAGAAAAAAGCAAAGAGAAGCACAAGAAGCUCAAGAUCAGUUUAUCAAGCAAGCGGCCAUCAACGAGCUCUGAUAUUGUCACACCUUCGUCAGGUUCAGUUACUACAAGAAGUGUGCCGAGAGUCAGAAUUAAACCGACCCGUAUACCGGGAGAUGGAUACGACUCUGAGGCUCCAGACCUCGAGGACGACCCCUUAAUUGAACAAGGUAUUGUUAUCCGAUUCUUACAAGACUUGAACUUGGACUUUGUUCACAACGCUGUAGACUCUGGAGAUCUCACGGGAAUCAACGUAAAAUGGGUCACACGUGAAAAAGCUGUGGUAAAUGUCAACGGUACCUUGUAUUCGGCCCGAUUGCUUGAUUUGCCCACGGUGACCGAAAUAUUCAAAACAGUAGAUAAGAAGAAUGUAAUGAAGACGUUUGACGUCUCACAAAUAUUGCUUGUGUUGCAUAAGGUCGUUCUUUCCGAUCUCAGCAUGGAAAAAGACUUUGAGGUUCCCGAGGAGUACACGUAUCUUCACCCUCUAUACAAAAUCCUGAAGAACUCAGAAAUAAAGCCUCUGAAGCAAGUCUUCAGACAUGGACUUACCAGUCCGUUUGAAGAUGUAUAUCGUAGAUUCAGAGUCCGAAAAUCGACGCACCGCGUAGCCGAAGAUAUCGAGAACAGG